GUGGCUUUUGAACUCUUUCCCUGGAUCCUGCUCAAAGGGAUGGAGAGCGGUAAGAAUUAUCAGCUGCCUUUGCACUCCAAUUUCCCAGUGCUUCUCUUAACCUCUGCCUCCCAAGUCACCCCUGACCCUUUUCCUUCCUUGUGCUCCAAGAAUCCCCACUUGCUGGAAAGCCCCUGGUUUCUUCCUUUCUACCUUUGGGGAAAUGCCCAUCCUUGUCUUCACCUUGUUCCUUUCCUGAGACCAGCAGGACCCGGCAAACUCACCUCCAAACAGGAAGUCCUUGGCCAGUGCCCUCAUGUCUGCCUGAGGCUUAGGCAGGCUGUAGGCGUGGGGGGUAAAACUUCCUGAGCCAGUCCUCCCUGGCCCUUCCCAGAGCCUGAGGGCCUUCAUUAGCCCCAGACACUUAUCUCGGACACACAGCUGCUGUCAGCUUGUCUUGGCCGUUCUCUCAGCCUGCCCAGAGCCUGCAGCACCAUGGGGAACUGUCUUUACCCGGUGAAGCCCUCCACUUCAAUGGACAAGAACAUAAGUCAGUUUACUUUUGAAGACUUCUGGAAUUACAGCUAUGAAGAGAACGACUCUUACCAGUCCCUUGAAGACUUGGAGAUGCUGGAUUCAGCGGCCCCCUGCCAUUCCUGUAGCCUACUGGAUGACUCCUCACUGCCCUUCUUCAUCCUUGCCAGUGUCCUGGGUGUGCUGACGAGUGUUGCUAUGCUCUUUGCACUUCUCCGACCUCUUUCCCACUGGCAGCUCUGCCCUGGCCGGCCCCUUCUAGCUCAGUUGACAGUGGGCAGUGCUCUCUUCAGCAUUGUAGUGCCUAUUCUGGCACCAGGGCUAAAUAGUGCCCACAGCACCAUUCUGUGCCAUGUAGGCUCCUGGGUCUGGUACAGCUCAGCCUUUGCCCAGGCUUUGGUGAUAGGGAGCCAUGCCUGCCUGGGCCCCAAACUGGGAGUAAGCCAGAUCCCAGGCCUCACCUUGGGCCUCACUGUGGGAAUUUGGGGAGUAGCUGCCCUUUUAGGGUUGCCCAUCACCCUGGCCAGUGACAGUCUCUGUCCACUGGUUUCCCGGAGGGGCGUGGGGGUUUUGCAAUCCAUACAUAGUGUGAUCUGUUUUGCCAUCUUCACUGUAUUGCCACUGUGUUUGUUGGGGGUCAAGGGGCUGAAGAAAGCAUUGGGCAGAGGCCCAGGCCCCUGGGUCAACAUCCUGUGGAUCUGGUUCAUUUUCUGGUGGCCUCAUGGGGUGGUUCUGGGAUUUGAUUAUCUAGUGAGGUCAAGAGUCUUGCUGUUGACAACGUGUUUGGCCCAGAAGGUUCUAGACCUGAUGGUACACCUGGCAGAAGCCAUGGCCAUAGUACACUGCAUGGCUACGCCCCUGCUCCUGGCCUUGUACUGCCACCAGGCCACUCAAACUUCCUUGCCCUCCAUGUCUCUCCCUGCAAGAGGAUCUUCUCAUCUGGACCCCUUUGGAAGCAAAUGCUAGUUCUUUUCCUCCCUGUCGACCUGAAUUAAAGUGUAUAUUGCUUUUA